CUCAACACAACCGAAGGCGCGAGUCCGAUGGGGCAGUUUUUCGACACACCCCGGUUUGCAAACACAGUGCCGUUCUUUCGCUUUCAGCGCUUUGGGCACAGCGAUGCGCGCACCGACAGCGACCACAAGCUGGUUGUCGUCAUGGUCGGCCUUCCUGCGCGCGGAAAGAGCUAUAUUGUCAAAAAGCUUAAGCGCUAUUUGUCCUGGCUCGGCUUCCAGACCAAAAUAUUCAACGUCGGCGACCGUCGCCGCCUGGCCGGAUCCACAGAUGAGUAUGAAUGCCCGAGCAGCGGCCACACCAGCCGCGCCAACCACCCAGAGACAAUAAGGCAAGGCGCCAGCAAAAAGAAGAAAAAUCAGCAGCAGCACCAGCCGAAUCAGCCGAAUCAGCCGAAUCAGCAGUGCGCCGACUGCAGCCGCUCCGGAUCCUCACGGGCAUUCUCUACAGCCGGCGUAUGCGCUUCCUCGUGCGCGCAUUGCGACACGCGGCACUCAUCGGCGUUCUUUGACCCCAGCAACAAAAAGGCAAAGCAACUGCGCGAGCAGGUUGCCAUGGACGUGUUUGAGGACCUGCUGCGGUGGCUGCAGGCCGGCGGCCAGAUCGCCAUCCAUGACGCGACCAACUCGACGAUCGAGCGGCGAAGCGCGCUGAUAAAUCGGCUCAAGAGCGAGGCCGAUGUCAACCUGCUGUUUAAUGAAGACGCAGAGCCCGACUACAUUGGCAUGGACCCUGACGUCGCCGAGGCCGACUUCCGUGCCCGUCUGCGCAACUAUGAGAGCGCAUAUAAAAGCAUCGGCGCGGCCGAAGAAAAGUACGACGUACAGUACUGCAAGAUCAUCGACGUCGGCAAGAAGGUCAUCGCGUACAACAUCCAGGGCUUCCUGGAGAGCCAGGUCGUCUUCUAUCUGAUGAACAUGAACCUGGAUCCCCGCGUGAUCUACAUCACCCGCCACGGUGAGAGCGAGGAUAACGCGGCAGGCCGCAUUGGCGGCGACGCUACGCUCGCGCCUGGCGGCGAAAAGUAUGCCAAGGCACUGGCCCGCUUUAUCGACCGCCGCCGCCUGGAGUUUGCCAGCGAGGUCGACGAGCAGAACCACCGGCUGGCGCAGUUCAUGGCCAGCGGCAACAGCAGCGAGCCGGAGAGUGAGGCCUCGCAGUCGAGCUCUGCCAGCACUGAGUACUCAUCGUUGCGCCUACGCAUCAAGCCCGACUUUGAGAUCUGGACAUCGAUGCUCCGCCGCACCAUGGAGACUGUUGAGCACUUUGACUCGCAGAAAUACCGCAUCAAGAACAUCCGCUCGCUCAACGAAAUCUACGCCGGCAAAUGCGAGGGCAUGACCUACGAAGAGAUUGCUGCACGGUACCCCGACGAGUUUGAGGCUCGCCAACUGGACAAGUUCUACUACAGGUACCCGGGCAUUGGCGGCGAGUCGUACGCCGACGUCGUGCUGCGCCUGCAGCAGGUCAUUGUUGAGCUGGAGCGCAUUCGCCACUCAGUGCUGCUUGUCACGCACCGCGCGAUGGCACGCACGCUGCUCUCGUAUUUCAUGGACGUCCCAACUACACACAUGCCCGACAUGGAGCUGCCUCUGGGCCACGUCUACAGCUGCGAGCCGAGGCCCUUCGGCAACUAUCUGCGCGUAUGGCGAUACGACGCCGACCUCGACGCCUUCGAGGAGGUCGAUGCCUCGUCCGCCCUGAAAAUCCAGUACCCGAAGAUCCUGGCUGGGUCGCGGCAGAGCACGUCUUCUGAGAACAACGACCAACACAACCUGCUGCCGUCGCCGGCCGAGACGUCAUACUCAACCAGCCACUGAGCUGAGCCAAGGCUGGAAAAUGGGCAGCGGAGCCAAAAAGGAAAGCGAGAAGCUGGAAGCGGGAGCGGAGCAGACCCAAUGCAAAUGCGAAUGUGGAUGCUAGCGCUAGUGUUAAUGCCAACUCUGCUAUUUGAUUUUGAAUAUGCGCUUGCAAUAGCCACAGCGACAGGCGCUUUAUGUACAUAUUUUUUUUGGUCUCGCCUUUCUCUUUCUUUCACCUUUGCCAUUGCCCAUCCGCUCGCUCCUCAUUUACCCUCCACCUAUAGUAAUUGGGGGAGGGUUAAUACAAUUUUUUCUUCAGUAUAGCUGUUAACCAAUUUCCUUUUCUUUAUUUUUCCU